AACAGCACAAAGAGUGCAAACGCAGCCGUUUCCACCUGAUCCUCCUCCUUCUCCUCGCUUAGCAUCUGUCCAGGCUCCAGCAGCCCGACCCCGGCGUGCCAGCAUGUCCGUGUCCGGCUCCCGCACACCAGAGGACGGACUGUAUGGCUCCUGGGUAGAGCUGGAAGAGGUAAGAGCCACUGUGAGCCAGAGAGAGAGUCUGACGGGGCAGGACACUGUAUCCUCCAGCCUGCAGGGGGAUCUGGAGAGAAUACUCAUGGAAGCACAGCUCGAGAGUGUAAAAAGCAGAGACAGUCCUCCACAGGUGGUAACCCCACAGUCCACAGGUUCACCAAGACCCACCAGUGAACACGAUAGUGACGGUGUGACUAUCCAGGAGGAAAGCGAGCGGCGAGGGGACACUGACUGGGUGUGGGAUUGGUCAAGCAGACCUGAAAAUAUGCCUCCAAAAGAGUUCAUGUUUCAGCACCCUAAGCAGCAGGGGUCCCUCGAUGUUAGGAAGAUAGACAUGAUGAAGAGAGGAAUAUUCUCCUCUGAUGUUCUCCUCAUUCUUAUUCCUUCACUUCUCGCUUCCCACCUGCUCACACUCGGAGUGGGGAUCUACAUAGGAAAGCGACUGGCAGCGUCUACAUCCAGCACGCUGUGACAUGGUCUUCCAGGCCUCCUCAUCACGUCGGCUCAGUAAGGUCGCAGUCGUCCCUCUCGGUUACAGUAACUUGCCUCCCUUUUCGUCAUCAAGGGACGGCCGUAGACCCCAGCCUGUCGGUAACUUUGUCUCUCCGUUGGUGUGUAUGUGCGUUUACCCAGUAGCACUCUGUGCUUAUCACCCCCAGUGACUCAGACUGAGGUCACUCUUACUCCCCCAGACAGUGUCACUGAUUUCAGCUGAAGAAAGUGCAAUUAGAGAUUGCGCAGAAAGGAGAAAAAAAAGAGCACCUUACCCAGCAGACAGUAAAUCCCUUUGCAAGAUGAGAAUGGAUGCAGUGAGAAAGAUAGUAUGUGACCAACUGUUUCAAAAGUCAUUUGUAAAAAAUAUUGUGUAUGCAGCAGAAAGGAUUUACAAACAGGAAAAGCUCUGAUCAUGCUUUAUAUUCUGAAGUCCAAUUUAAAUAUUUGACCUUUUAGCACUAAUAGUCAUGACCUCAUUAAACUCCUCCAACCCUCA